GGGCAGUGAGCCACGCACGCCAUGGAGUCUAUGGAUCCGCAGUAUCUCCGGCUGCAUCAGCAUCUCAAAGAAAGCCGUAGCCGCUUCCAGACCUUAAUGCAGCGGCUGAUAGCAAAGUACAACCAGCCCUUUGAGGACGACCCGUUGGUGCAGAUGGCCACGCUGACCUACCAGACGCCCUACGGAUUGAGAAUUUGGGGAGGAAAGCUGAUAAAGAAAGGAGACGAGGAACAAAUGCAGGGCCCUUUUGUGAAGAUGAUUGACAGAUUAAAUGGGCAAGCGCCAGAAGGCGAUUCAGAGAGCAGCAGUGUGAAUGCAAGCUUAGAGGGGGAGGAGGACUGGCCGUCUUGCAGCUUGACGAAGAGAGAAGUUUCUGGUGAUACUGAGCAGCAUCAGCCUACAGUGCCUGGAAACACCUUGAAAACUGAUUUAAGAAGGAAGUACUUGACCCAGGUGGAUAUACUGCUUCAAGAUGCAGAGUAUUUUAAGAACGCAGAGAAGGGAGGUGGCCAAACCACAGUCAUGACUUGGGUUCCUCCCGUGACCUCAGCUGUCACACCAGCCCCUGGAUGCCAGGAUAGUAUGUCUGCAAAGAGCUUUGGUGGUCCUGAACUGUCUGCUUCGUCCUCCAGAGACCAGGACCCUUGCCCAGCUGACAUGACCAUUGUGACUAGAAAUGACAGCUCCUUAGUAGGGACCAGCAGCAACAGCAUAAGCAGCCAGUCCCUCGAGGUUGAUGGCGUUUGCAAUGUGACGAUCAGUGAGCUGUAUGACGGCAUGAUGCAUUCCAUGAGUAGGCUGCUCCGCUCACAGCCGGCAUGUAUCAUCUCCACCAAGACCCACAUCAACCGGAACUGGCAGCCCAGGAAGAGGCUCUCACACAAGCACAGGGCGCACAAGAACACGACAUACCACUACAGGAGCAAGCCCUCCUGGAGGGUCUCCAGGAAGGGGCAUGCGCCCUGCUCAGAGCCGGAGAAAGAGGCCAGAAUAUUAAGAGACUACAAGAACUUACCGCAUGUUGCCCCUCACAAGACAGGCGUAGAACUGAAAAGCAUUUCUCUUGAAGGAAGCAAACUCCGGAAGGAGCUCCAGGUGAUGCCUCAGAAGUACUUGGACUCAGAAUACCACCUUGAGCGAGAAAAUAGGGUGAAGGCCUUACAGUGGCUAAUUUCACCUGUUAAAAUGGUUCCCAGACCAAGGAUGCUUCCAAGUCAGGUAGAAAAAUGGUAUAGAGAGAUUAAAAUCAAAUUUGACAAACUUCAUCAGGAAUGUUGCCUGUCUCCUGGGAAACGACCUCGUCUGACUGGCCCCACAGAGUCUUGGGCUGCAGACAUAUUCAGAGAUGGUUCUAAAAGUCCAGACAGCCACCAGGGUGUAGAAACCCUCAGGCUAAGUUCACCUUUCAGCAGAGAAAAGACAGAGAGGCCAGGUAAAGCUUUAGAAGACCUGAGGGGAAGGUCUGUCAAAACAAAUAGCUGUCUUCUAAGGAUCGGUCCCUUUCCAGAGGACAGCCUGUCACAAAGCCCAGGCCAUUCUCAACAGAGGUCUGGCCUUCGUCAAGAACAUAAUUCUGAACCAAUCGGAAAGGCAGUAUGGCCCAGUACAGCUAGCUCAGCACCAUGCAUAGGCUCUCCAGGCUGUGGGAAGAGUCAUUAUGACGAGCUUAAAAAAGAAUUCAGCAGACUUUAUCAGAAGUAUUGCCUAGUGUCACCUCAGCGGGUGAAGGUGGCUUCGUGUGGCAGAGUAUCUCCAGUGAAAGCUGCUACAGCUGUUCCUGGUGAAACAGAGCACUUGAAAAGAUUAAAUCCAGACUCUCCAUUCCAGAGUUUCCAGAAACGGUCAACAUCUCCCAGCUGGCGCAUAAGAAUCCCAGAGGAUUCAACUGCAGUUGAAGCUCACGUGUCUGCACAGACGGCUAGUGCUUUUGUGAGAGACUCUCGGUUGUCAACAAAGAGGCGCAAGUUGUCAUACCCGGUAGUGUGUGCUCACCAGGCCAAAUCUCAAGAUUCCUCAGGAGCAGCAGGCUGGCCUGAGUGUCCUGACUGCUGAUUGGGUGUCUGUCUGUUGGACAUGAUGCUUAUAUGUACUCAGCAGUUGCUUUGAGGCAGAAGACUCCGGCAGACACUUUCUCUUUUUGGAGGUGGGGCCCAGGGCAUCACAUGUGCUGAGCAGUCUCUGCUCUCGGCCUCUGUCUAGCUGUCUCCCCUGCUCUGUAUCACAGCAUCAUCUCUGUCCCUUCUUGUGGGAUGUUGGUCGCUUGGGCUUCUCCAGCCAGUCUCAGCCGUUACUGUGUGUCUUAAAUCAUAUUCAGGGGAUUCUCGGUGGCAGUUUUCCUCUUGAAUUACUUACAUUGUCUCUUCUCCCCACCCCCCCAUCUUUACCUUCCAUGCUUCUGCUUCUGUGUAGGGAGUGCCCUUCAGGACAUUGUGUAAGUCCAUGGGUUGGGGCAUAAUCCACAGAACCCUGCACACACCACACGCCCCUUGGCUUAGUCUUAGGAGCUCUGGUUUUGGGGUGUGGGGUGGAGGAGAUGUUUUAUUUGGUUUUUGAGGCAGUCUUGCGUAGCUUGCGCUGACUGAACUCGUUGGAUAGUCAAGGUGACCUUGAGUUCCUGAUCCUCCUCCCCAAAUGCUGAGGCUGCUUUUGUUUCCAAUUUAUUUCCAUGGGUAAAAUACUUGGUGAACUGUAUCACCCUGGUGGAACUUCAAGGAAGGGACCUGCCUGGGAUAGGCCCAUAGAUAACACCACAAGGAAUAAGGGCAGACCUGCUGAACGACUGCAGCCAUACUAACUGGGUCUCUGGUUGUCUGGUGUGGCAGGUAUCCCUGGCAGAGUUCACCUACCCGCUGUCUCCCUUUGCCCUUGGCUUUGAGCUAUUUAUCUAGCUGCCUCAACCUCUUGAGCCCCCUCGACUUUCCUAGACCAGACUGCCACCACUGUGUGCCCUUGGUGGCCUGCUCCAAACUACAGAAUUGAUUGUGAACGUGUACUUGUGUCCAGGUCACCUCAGGAUAGGCUGAGAUUCUGAUGAGAAGAAAGGUCACCAGAGACCUUAGUCUAGAACCCACAUCCUCACCCAGCCCGUGUCCUCAGCCUUUUGUUUAUAUCCCCAGCUGUCGUGGGAAUACAGCUGUGUCUCUUGCCCUCCCAUCUGGACCUUCCUCUUACUCUAGAGCCAAUGAAAUUCUGCCACUUUGUUUUUAAACCCUGUUUUGCAAUGUAGCCCAAACUGAUCUUGACCUUGUGGUCCUCCUUCCUCAGCCUUCCUAAGGAGCUGGCAACAUGCCAUGUGGAACAUAUGCAACAUGCCCCAUCUUUGAAGUCUCACCUGCCUGGUGUCUACCCAGGGGAAAUCUUGCUUUUACUGCAGCCUGGAAACCUCUCUUGCCCGAUUGCUAGUGGGGACUUCGACUUUGCAGAGUAUAGAAUCAGGUUGCUUGUUAGUGGUAGUCACAGUGCCUACAACUUCUUCCCUGGUACCCAGGAGUUCCUCACCACCCCACUGGAAUUUAAUAGCCUAUCCUUAGGACCUUUACCAGAUGCCUUCCCUAGUUCCACCCACACUAAACACUAAAUAGCUUCAUUUUCUGUUUUCUUUCUACUUCAGCUAUAAAUUACUUGGAGAGGGGACCAGUUCUCCAUAUUCAGUGACAACAUGAAGGAUAUUAGAGGCCAGUUCCUUCUUUGUGCUAGACUAGUAAGCCUUUUUAUGUACCUUACUCUAUCUGCCUAAGGACCCUUCAGUAACGUGGGCAGUCUUAGGAAGAAGACAGUGUGUGUCUGCUGACUCCUAAAUUCACUCAAAAUUGGGCCGACUUACCCCUAAGGCAUACAGCUGGCAUAGCAGCAACCUUUGUCAUUUCAGCCUCUAGCGAGCCUUGAGAUCUUUAACAAGAGAUUUCCCACAGCGGGCGUAAUCAUUUACACAGGGGCAGCAGAGUGGAAGUUGGGCAUUCAGUGGCAGGCUUUGAAGAACUAGUGGGAUUGUACUAAAAUUACUCUCUCAUCGGUCAGGGUGGAAACGUGAUUAAUCUUUAAAGUUUAAAAAUCUUGUCCCCUUGCCUCUAGUUUUGCUUUUAGAUGGGGUCUCUGUCACUGUCACCUAGGCUGGCCUCAGAUGCACCUCAAGCAUGCUGCACCACAACUGUCUGUUCCACCUUUGCAUUGCUUGUGUGCUGUCCUGCUUGACCUGUCCGCCCUUAAUGCCCCACCUCCAGGGCAGCUGGUACUGUGGAAAAUGCCUGGUGUGGUUUUGCAAAUAAAGUUGUAUGGUUAGUGUUUUCAA